GGGAGGGAGACAGAGGGAGGGAGACACCACUGAUGGUGUCAUAAAUACGGGCGAUUCCCGCUAUACUUGCGGAAAUAGAAAAUAUUUAUAUAAUUACAUAACCUAUGGAUUAUUUACUGGGGCCUGGUUUUACAUUGUAAAAAGAUGAUAGUCGAGAUUCGCGGAACAUCGUUGUUUUCUUUGUUCAGUCUGCAUCGGUAAAAGAGAGGGCUGGCACCGAUAUUGAUUUCAACUGUCAUCGAUAUCUAAGGUUCUUUAUUUAAUUCAAACAAGAAACAAGGGCUGUCCCGGUCUGGGUGAUUUUGAUCUGAACUAAUUUUCUAUGAAUUUACGUAGGCCUAUGGUUUUGCAUUAUCCAAAUAUUUAGACGGAUUUUGCCAUAGAACCGAAAACGGUGACGGAUUGAGAGGCAUCGUUGGACCGAGAUUAUCUAGGCGAAUGGGAAGACUGAUCGCUGUUGUUUUUCAUAUGCCAAGGAACGGACAUUGAAAGAAAAACACCCGGAGCGAUGCCUGCAUCUGCUACAGCAAAAAGGAAAAGCUUUAUUUUUUGCUUAUGCUAGUUACAGUUCGCGUGUGUUCCCGUGCCAGUGGCCACAUUUUCCACGCCAGCAUAGGAAACGAGCACGAGGACCGACCGCGCGCGCGGAUUUACAGCAUUCGUAAUUCCGAGAAAUGUGUAGAUUAUCGAGAUUUAUUUUACUUGAAUCCAUUUCGCGUUCGUGUUAUCGAGCCAGAGUGCUUUGAUAAGAAGAAGGAAAAAUGCACGCACACGUGUAGCCUACAUAUGCGCGCACAGUAUCAGCGUCCGCGAAGCUUCUACGUUCCCCGCGUUUCAUCUUCCCCGGAGGGAGGACAGAAUAAACAGAGGUCGUUUGCUGUCCGACAGUCCACUCAACUGUAAAACUGCUCAGAGAGCGAGAGAGUCUGGAGCACAAGGAACAAUCUUUAGGCCUGCAUUACUAAGAGCCUUUAUGCGCUGCACGAGACGGAUCAUCUGCUUAUUGAAGGCGAAUGGUUUUACUGCACUUCUAGUUCGAGCACAGCCUGGGCGAUUGGGCCAAAACUGUGACUGGAGGUGUUGAACACUAUAUAAACCACAGCAUUAAAUAACGGUCGGUUAUUAUCGCGAUAAUUAAAACCAAAAUGGGCAGCGACUGUGAGAUUUACAAGCGAGAGCUGUCGAAAAUGUCCGACAAGGACUUGCUGGCCUUUUCCAAAGAGGAGCUGGUGGGCCGACUUCACAAGGAAGAGUCCGACAAAAUGUCAGCUCUGAUACAGCGCGGACGACUUAUGAAAGAGGUCAACAAACAACUACAGGGACAUCUGCUCGAAAUCCGGGAACUGAAAGCCGUAAACCAGCAACUUCAGGAGGAAAACCAAGAGCUACGCGACUUGUGCUGCUUCCUGGACGACGACAGGCUCAAGGUAAAGGUGCUGUCUCGCGAGUGGCAGCAUUUCGGCCGCCACGCGGCCAAAGUGAUGCGCGAGGACCUGGGCGGCUAUCUGAAGAAGCUGACCGAGCUGGAGCGUCUGCAGAGCGCGCUGGCGAAGGACAACAUGGAUCUGAAAGAGAUGUGCUUGGUCCUGGAGGAGGAGUGCGCCAGCAGGAGCGACUGCAGUCCCGGAGGGUCCGCGGAACUGCGCAGCCUCAUGGGCAUGGUGGUCCGUGACCUGGGCGACGGCAGCUCCAGCACCGGAAGCGUGGGUAGCCCGGACCAGCUCCACCUCGCGUGCUCACCUGACGACUGAACCUGAGGCUGGAAACCGGCGCACCUGUCCUCCGCGUGGAAGAGAGGACGCGGGAACGAGAGACGUUUGACACCAACACAGAAAAAAUGUGAAGAACAAACCCCUUUUAUAGACGAUGAAGCACGAUGUUCAUUUUGAAUGGCAUGUUUACUAUUGUAUAGGCUACACUUGGACUUGCUAUAAAUGUGAACUAAAGAAACAGACAUUUCAAUAGUCUGAGAAAAAACGACAACACACAUGGUUAUUGUAUUGGGCGCUCAACUGACAUUUAGGAAGCUAGUGGAUAUAAUAAGUUUUUAUAAGGUCUUUCGUAAUUUUCUGUGAUACAGCUUUUAGUCGAUGAUGUUUAAUUAUGAGGGGAUGGGUUGAUCUCUUAGGAACUCAGAUUUAACUAAGAUACCACACUGUUGCACUGCACUGUUCUGGACUUGCACGGACUCACUGUAAUUUUGCAAGGGAUUCCCAGAUGCGCAUGGCGAAUGCGCGCAUUGUGAGCUGUGUGGGAUUUGGUACGGGACCUGGCCGUGGUGCUGAAAAGUUGACCGUGUCGGAGGAAAAACGUUCCUGUGUUCACGGUGGCGGUCUCGUCACAUGGUACCAGUGGAAUCCCAGCGACACGGCGCGCGGAGCUCAGGCUUAAUUCUCAGGCGUCGAUUAAAAAAAUAAUAAUACACGUGCCUGUAUUGCUUUGAUGACACGGGCGGCUAUCUAUUCUUUUGUAUUUGACAUAACGACAGAUCCUCUGUGCCCUGAGUAUUUUAGGAAGUUUCCCGCCGUCCUUCUGUCAGUCAAUCGCAUUUCCCAGGACAUUACCUUCGUGCACGACCCCCGAAGUCAGUAAAGCAACUGUCAUGUCUCGCGCGAAUAACGACAUUUAACGAACAGCGGCUUUAACGUUUCUACGGGCAUUAAAUUCUGAAUGAGCCUCAGGUUCCCACAACAUAAACAGAGAAACUGUGUUAGAGAACUUUCUGCGGAAGGCCUUUUGUAAUUUCUUUAUUGUUUACAUUUUUGUUGGAUGGGCCAUGGCUGUCACGUGGAUCUGAAGCAGGCACGAUAAUAAUGAAGCACACUGUUCUUUGACUACAGAGCACCUCAAACUCAAGCGCAUUUUUCUUUCCUAUAGUGUAAUAAAUUGGUGGGGUCUGAGGGGGGGCGUGCAUACUCCACAGAUGUCAACAUGAAUCGGACAAAGAGCCAUGUUAUUCAUUUGGAGCCUUUGAAGUAUUUUAAUAAAUUGCGGCCCCAACGAAACUGAUAGCAGCCAUGUUUGCAUGACACCAGUUUUUUUAAGCAAUCUCUGUAUUUAUGCUAUUUAUAAUGUUUGCAAAAACAACGUCAUUUUCCGACAAGUUCAAUAAAACGGACCUCUCUAC